AUGUCUCCCUCCAGCACUGAGAAGCUAGGGGCACACUGCGAGUCUACCGAAACGGCUGUCAGAAAUGUUGCAGCGUCCGCAGAAGAAUCGAGUUGGCCCACAAAAGACUUUGGUAUUAUACCGAUUCCGAAAAGGCUCCAAUACAAUCCCGUGGAACCUUUUCACUUUGGCAUCUUGCUCAACGCUUCCUUUGGAUUUGCUAGCACAUUCACUGUCGCUAACUUGUAUUAUUGUCAACCGCUGUUGAUUGAGUUUUCGAAAUCAUUCGAUGUAGCAUAUGAAGAAGUUUCACGUAUCCCCACGCUCAUUCAAGCAGGGUAUUUAGUGGGAUUAGUUCUGAUAUCCCCUCUCGGUGACCUUGUUCGACGCAGGCAACUGGUGCUACUGCUGGUUGCGACAUCUACUGCUUUCACGAUCGGUUUGGCCGUGACCAAGAUUUUCCGGGUCUUCGAGGUUUUGUCCUUCUUGACCGGCGUUGUAACUGUCACUCCCCAGAUCUUGAUGCCUCUAGCUGCAGAUCUAGCCCCACCUGAACGCAGAGCGUCUGCACUGUCUGUGGUACUCUCGGGUCUCAUGCUGGGGAUCCUGAUCGCUCGUGUCUUGGCUGGCGUCAUAGCGAAUUUCACAAGCUGGCGUGUGGUCUACUAUAUGUCAAUUGGUGUCCAAUUACUCGUUCUCGUUGGCGCUUACCUGAUGCUUCCCGACUAUCCAUCCAAAAACCGUGACAUGACCUACUUUCAAAUCCUAUUUUCGAUGGCCAAGUAUGCAGUAACAGAGCCACUUGUGAUACAGAUGGCAAUUGUAAAUAUUGCAUCCAACGCAUGUUUUACCAGUUUUUGGGUCACUCUCACCUUCCUUCUCGGAGGUCCACCCUAUUACUAUUCCACUCUCAUAAUUGGUCUCUUUGGUCUCGUUGGCAUGCUAGGCGUGCUCGUUGGACCCUUCGCAGGACGCCUCAUCGAUAGGCUGGUUCCUUGGUAUGCAACUUUGGUAGCCACUGGCGUGCUCCUGGUUUCCCAAGCUGUGCAGACUGCGGCAGGUGGGAUCAAUGUUGCAGCUGUCAUUAUUGCAUGCUUCGGGCUCGAUGUUGGGCGCCAGUCCCAGCAAGUGUCCAUGACCGCUCGGGUCCUGAGCAUAUCUCCCGCAGCUGGUGCGCGCUUAAACGCGAUCCUCAUUCUAUCAGUGUUCAUCGGGCAGGUGAUGGGGACGUCUGUUGGCACCCAAGUUUUCGUGCAACACGGAUGGAGAGCAUGUUCAAUAUUGAUGCUGGCGCUGCAUGCCUUCGAAAUUCUAGUCUUAUUGCUUCGCGGUCCACAUUGUUCUCGAAAACGUUGGUUUGGCUAUGAAGGGGGAUUCGAGGCGCGUCGACGUGUUAUCUUGGAGAGGGAGAAACCACCGAGUGGCGAGGAUCCAGAGGCGCAGAAGGAGGCACCGAUACAAAGUGAUGAAGGCUUGCAGUCCGAUCCAUCGUAG